CCCUUUCCUCUAGUCUCUGAAAGCACAUUCUCUGAACUCUCAAACGAUUCUACUUGAAACUGCCUCGAUCAUCUCACCUGUGCCCAACUGACAGAACUCAGGUAGAGGAGCCAGACAUGAAGUGGCCACUGGGCAUCAUGCUCAUAAUCACAUUCCUGCUGAUACUUCAGAACUUCCAACAAGUAUCCACCCAGAUACCUGAUGAGUGGGAAAGAAGUAAUGCGACAAUACUCGAGGGUGACAAUGGAGAACAGCCAUCUGGUGAUUUCCUGAAUUCCUCAAAGAUUGAACAGAUCCCUGCAGCGACACAAGGGCUGCCUGCUAUCGGCACAGAGGAAGUUAGUUCUUAUGGCCCUCUUGCAACAACAACACCACCUCUUAUGAUCCCACUUAAUUCAAGUUUCGAAAUCUCAGAUACAUCGGCAGAAUCCAAUGAAACACAGACUGAGUGGGCAGCCUCAAAUACCCCCACACCAGAGCCUGAGCAGACAAAUCAAACUACUCCUAACAACACAUACAUUAGCUCAAAUCCAGACCCUACCACAGCACAGAGCAGUCUUGAUGAACCGGGUUCUGGAUAUUUGCCCUCAGAGGUAGUACCUGCCAACGGCACUACUAAGAGUCCGACCUCCACAACAAAAGAUGUGAAGUACAGAACUACAGUGAGGCCAUCUGAACCACCAGUUUUCACAACAACAAAGCCAAUGAUUCCACCAGCCGUUCCAGAGGAGGUCACAACUGCUGCCCCAGACAACCUGACUGGACCUUUUGACUCCAGGGGAAAUUCUGAAAGAGGCUUAUCCUCGGAUGUUACAGAGCAAAAGGAAAAGAAGGGACAGGGAUUGGCUAUCAUCCUGGGCAUUGGGAUUUUUGUGGGGGUCAUUGCCUUGGCAGCAUUUAUCAUCAUAAAUCAAAGGAACAGAAGAGACUUCUCUCACAGAAAACUGGUGGAGGAGAUGUCACCUGAUCCAGUUCUCAGGCUGGAUAACAGUGAGCCACUGGACUUGAAGUUUGAUGGAUUUGGUUACCAAAAUCCAGGACUAGAAGGGGACAACAUCCAGAUGACCAACUUUCCACAUGGACGUUCAAACUAAGAAGAAAUCUGAAAUGCCAAAGACACUUUAUUUAAUAUUGCACCCAUGUGAAGAUUGUAAUGAAGAAAAGAUUGUCAUUUUUCAAAUGAUUUGCCAAAUACAUUAUUAAGGCAACUUUAAACAAAUGAUCAAUCAAAACCUUUUAUUCUAGUUUUGUUUAAUUUUUCAUGUGGAUGUCUUUAGACUGCCUAAAGAAAUCAAAAACUGAAGAAUAACUCUAUAAUGGGAUGUACUGUAGGAUCUAUGCUUCUCUCUAAAUGCUGUUUUGCUCCUGAAGGUCAACAAAACAGUUCACUUGACAUAAAUGCAUUUUGUAGCAUGUCAAAACCACACUUAAUUUUUGAAUGCCAAAUUAUGCAAGGCGAUAUGAUAUGAUGACCACCAUGAAGACACAGCUCCUCUAUGCACAUUAACUGUGUUUGGAUUUAAUUACAAUUGAAUUACAUGACACAGGCCUACUACAUUUCUUAUGGAUCACCUACAAUGUUUUAAGAAUAUAUUAGUUUAUAAAAACUUUGUUUGUAAUCUGAAAAUGUACUGAAAAACUAAAAUAGAGAAUCAAUAAUAUGAAAAUCAAUUUUAAGAUAUAAAUAAUAAAAAUAAAUGAUUAAAAAA